AUGGCGGGAGUUCAAAAAGUUUGCCUGAAUAAUUUAAAUAUUAAUAUUAAUAAUGCAUUAAUUGUAGGAAUUAUUAUAGCAAAAAAUAGUCCUCGAACUGUAGGUUCAAAAAAGAAGAAUGGCGAAUCACGGGGCGUCAUGUCUUUUACGUUACGUGAUUCCACUAUUGAUACAAUUAACGCGGACGUUUGGGGUUCUGAAUACUUUGUAAUCACAUUCUACGAAAGAUUUCUUGUUGGAGACGUUGUCGCUAUCUCAUCCCCGAAGAUUUGUAUCAAGAGUGGUGACAACGAAAUUUAUAGACCGCAGGCGACGUCUCCUUUCUACCUGUCACUGAGCGAAGGCUCAUCCGACAUGAGCAUUUUCGACGGCGAUACAUUCGGCUCGUACUUGCCACUCCUCCAUAUUCCUACUAAGCCAUGCGCGGGGUACUGCGGCCUUUCAGAAGUUUUGAAAAUUACAGAACAAACAAACAAUGUUUACGUAGACUUAUUGAUAGUAGUCAAGUCGGUGAAACCAGCGAAAACUAUCAAAACAAAAGCAGGUACAGACAUGACGGUGCGUACCGUUGAAAUAAUGGACAAUACAACACCUGCUUCUUUAAUCCUCGAUAUAUUUGAUAUUGACACAAUUCAAAGAGCCGAGCAAUGGCGUCCGUUAGAAAGCGUGCUGUUCAUAGCGGACGCUCGCGUCUCGUGGCGUAGCUUUGCGGUGCGCGUGCAAACGUGCUUUCGAAGCGUGGUUACCCACCAACCGCAUACCCCCGAGGCGGAAACACUACGGCUUUACAUACGCAAUCAGGCUAAUACACGCGGAGGUGAAGCAGCCGCUUGGGCAGCUUGGAGUGGCGAGCGCGCGAACACAGCCUCUGUGUCGCAAAUUAGAGACCGCCUCAGCUCCGGGGUUCCAUUCUGCGCCGCUCUACAUGCAUUACUCACUCAUCUGGAUUUAGAUGAGUUUGUGACAUCCAAGGAUGCAAAUCUGGAAGAAUUGAGGAUUCGCUUGGCAGAUCACACCGGCGAACUAAACGCAAGAAUACCUGUUAACGUACUUGAAGACGCAUUUGGAUACUCUGUAGGAUGUUGGGACAUGCGAAGAGGCAGCGAAGCGGUGGCACUUUGUCCACCACACGUAGCUCACAGAGACUUAGCCAGUAAAGUACUUUUUAUUAACUCCAAAACCGGCGCAGACUUUUUCUCCUCCUCCCCUGACGGUGUUGUCAAGUGGUGGGACAUCAGAAAUACUAGCGAACCUACAGAUUCCAUGAUAAUAGAUCCUGUCAAAACCAACAAUGAUACUCAAGGCAUCGAAAAUGCUUUAGGUAUUUCUGCUUUAGAGUAUGAACCUACUAUACCGACGCGCUUUAUGGUAGGAACUGAAACAGGAUUAGUAAUUGGAGGAAAUCGAAAAGGAAAAACACCUCUGGAAAAGCUACCUUCUAAGUAUGAAGCUCAUUUAGGACCAGUUUAUGCGCUGCAGAGAAAUCCCACAUUUUUGAAGAAUUUCCUAACCGUUGGGGAUUGGACAGCUCGAGUAUGGAGCGAAGAUUGUCGCGAGUCGUCUAUACUCUGGACGUAUGCACACAGAACCAAGCUUACUGACGGAGCAUGGAAUCCGAUAAGAUUCUCGCUUUUGCUAGUGACGCAGUGGGAUGGCUGUCUGUCCUGUUGGGACCUCUUACGUCGGCGCAGCGCACCAAUCGUCACUGCACAGCUUUGUGAUGAGCCUUUACUACGCCUUCGACCACAUGAAGGGGGUCAGUUGGUGGCAUGCGGCAGUAGUCUGGGCACUAUCUACUUAGCAGAGUUAUCACAAAAUCUUGGAACUGCUGAUAAAAACGACAAACAACUUUUAACCCAUAUUCUAGAUCGUGAAAAUAAACGGGAACGAAUACUAGAAGCCCGUAUGAGAGAGAUAAGACUGCGAAUGCGGCAAGACCGAGACGGGGGACAACAGCUGGGCGAGAGCGAGGCGUGCGUGAGUGACAAGGACCUGGAGGAGGCCACCGCGGACUACAUGGCGACGGUCAGCGACCUGCAAGCGCAGCAGCAGAAAAGCCAACAGACGUCUUAGGUGAAAUACGACUAAAUACUA